AGGGUACACAGACAGCUCUCCACACCCUGCCUUGCUCAGCAUCAUGCUGCCUGAUGGGACCAGGGCCAGACUGCCCGGAAGAGCCCCUGUCUAGCUGGUGCGGGAGCUAGUAGGAAGGCUUGGGAGGGCUGACGACUGUGAGCCUGGACAGGUAAGUGGAGAAAGAGCUGAUAGGAAAGUGUUGGAGUUUGGACAUAGAGUUCCCGAUCCUGGAGGCUGGCCUAGUGACUGGAGGCUCGGACCCCACAAGGCCGUGGCCCGGGAGAAACUGAAGUUGGAGGAAGAGAAGAAAAAGAAACUGGAAAGAUUUAACAGCUCCAGACUGACUCUGGACAAUAUGAAAGACUUGGAAACCUUGCUUCAAAGACGAAGAGAAAAGCGACUGAGACACAAAGUCCCCCCCAGGGAACCUGAGCCUGUGGUUGAGCCGCAGCCCCAGGUCCCACUGGAGCCAGUGGACCUGGACACGUUCCUGAAGGCAGCUGCCGAGAAUCAGGAAGCCCUGAUUGACAAGUACCUGACAGAUGGAAGGGACCCCAAUGCCCAUGACAAGCUCCACCGCACAGCCUUGCACUGGGCCUGUCUGAAGGGCCACAGACAGCUUGUGAACAAGCUGCUGGCGGCAGGGGCUGCUAUAGAGGCACGGGACUUGCUGGACAGGACGCCUGUAUUCUGGGCCUGCCGUGGAGGACACCUGGACAUUCUCAAGCUGCUGCUUAACCAGGGAGCUCAGGUCAAUGCACAGGACAAGAUCUGGAGCACUCCUCUCCAUGUAGCAGUACGCACGGGCCACACCGACUGCCUGGAGCACCUCAUUGAGUGUGGCGCCCACAUCAAUGCACAGGAUAAGGAAGGGGACACAGCACUCCAUGAGGCUGUGCGCUAUGGGCACCACAAAGCUACGAAGCUGCUGCUGCUCUAUGGAGCCAAGUUGGGCAUGAAGAAUGUGGCCUCCCUGACACCAGUGCAGCUGGCACGAGACUGGCAGCGGGGUAUCCGGGAAGCACUACAGGCCCAUGUGGGGCACCCCCGUACCCGGUGCUGAUGACUUUGACCUGUGGGUCACUCCUAACUACCAUUCCACACCCACUUUCCCACCCACCUCGAAGUGGUUCUCUGCUCCAGUCCUGAUUUCUCUCUGGCUUUGCUUCUUUAGGCCUGAGGCAACAGGUAGAACAGGCCCCCUGGGUUUCAGUGAGGGAGACCGUGUUCCCUGUCACGGCUGGAGCAGAACCAUAAGCAAGAAGUGGGUCCAGACAAGGGCCAAGGCCAGAGCAGAACGUGAACAGACCGGCACUACCCACAGCUGGGCCUAGGCCUCUGUCUACCAAUCCUUAGAUCAGGAGACUGGCCUUGGCCUGUUGUCGAGAUGCAGAUGUGGCCAGCAGCUGCAGGGUACAGAGAAGAAACAGGCUACCUAAGUGCCAGGCACUGGUGCAGCUCACGCUGUCCUUUGGGUGGAGUUCCUCCAGGGACUCCACUCCUAUCAGCAGCAACCCUGAGAGCAUAUGGAGCAGUUCUAGGCGUCUCUCAUCUCCAGACUCUGGGGGUGGUUCUGGCAGGCUGAGGGGCAUGACAACAGGGUCGCGGUCCCUCGGAUGUCAGUACCUACCAGGUUGCCCCAGAAGCUGGAGACUGAUGGACUGGAACUAGUGUGUACUCUGGGAAAGUUCCACCUAAAAGGCAGCUCUGCUCGUCUUAUGUGAGGGUAGGAUGCCAGGUGCUGGGGAUUGCUUGUGGCCCACUCAACUUUUGGGGCGGCGGCCCGCAGCCCUAGCUUACCUAAGGCUCUAUUGCCCCCUGGUACUGCGGAAAGCACCUGGACUAAGCUCUGUGCCCUGAACACUGAGUUGAGCACCUUGCUGUGGGACACAGUCACAGACCCGUGCCAACUGGUAGUGUAGUGAGGACUUCACACAGGCACACGCUCCUUCCCCUUCCAGCUGUUUCCAGUUCACUGGUGCAGACUUGUACUACUGGCGGGGCUGGCCCCUAAUAUGCCAGAAAGUUGAUGCUGGGCCCUCCACUGAGGCCACAGGCUGAACAAAGGGCUAAAAGGUGAAGGCUUUGCCUCCCUCACACAGCUCUGAGCUGACAUUCAUUUUGGCAGCCUCUCUGCCCAUUACUAUGUGAAAGACUAGUGCUCCCUCCUAAAGGCACAAACCUUUUUAUGGGCAGGCCCUGCCCUGUUGUGACACAGUGGGCACCUAGACAACCUGUGCCAUGGGCAAGACAGACAUUCAGGACUACGCAAUAUGACGACUCCUCAGAAAUGAGGACACUUAAAUGACACACAAAGCCACCUUUUUAUACAGAACACUGUUUUCUCAUUAAACUGACUAUCCACCACAGCCGUGUUGUCUUAUGGGCACCGGGAGGAGGCAGUGCAUCAGGCUACAUGAAAAACCAAACCAAAGGCCUUGUCAUCCUCCACUGCAGAGAUCAGUGCAUCACUCAUGCCAGCGGGCAGCACGACAUGUCACCAAAUGCAAGGCAUGCUUUACAUGUAUCAGGGAGCGGGGAGGAGAGGGUCCUGGCACUUGGCUCUCAUGUUCAGGACCCACAGUUUUUAAAAGGCCUGAUGUCUGCUGGGUAUGAUGGCGCACACCUUUAAUCCCAGCACUUAGGAGGCAGACCUAUCUCUGAGUCCAAGGCCAAUCUGAUCAACAUACUGAGUUCUAGACCAGCCAGGGUUACACAGUGAGACCUUUUCUGAAAAUCCUAAUGUCUAAUGUUCUAGGUCAGAAGCCCUGAAAGGAGGAUCCAAGUAUUAGUUGAGGACAUGGUUAUCUACAAAUACUAGCAAACUGUAAGGAAGUCUUGGUGGGUGGUGGGUGAUAAAUACCUACCUUAAUAUUAAUAGUCUAAGACCUCAUGACACAAUAUAAACAAAAAUCUGUUUCUCCCUAAUACCAAUGAACAUUAUGGGUACAAAAAACAUAGUACAACUGUUUUAAGUUUAAACCUUAAAAAAAAGUAAACUGCUGAAGUCUACAAAUGAAAAUGUUUACAUAGACGUAGUGUGUUCACUAGAAGGCACAACAUGAAAAGCUGUCAGCUCUUCCCACAGUUCCUACCAAAAUCAAGAAAGAUGUAAACAAGAUUAUCUAAACUUUGUAAGAAAAUGUAUACCCUAAGCAAUUGUGAGCCAUACAUGGUAGCUCCUGCCAGUAAUCCCAGCACUUGGAAGGCCUCAGGAGGAUUGCUUUGUGUUGCAGCUUAGGUUGGAUAUGCUAUAUCCACUCUAAUGUGAUGUAGUAGACAACUCAGAAACAAUCCCCCCCCCCACACACACAAAUACACCCAACAAACGGACAUCCUUAGGCUAAACAAGGAAUGGGGUGGGUGGAGCCACAGAAGGCAAGUUUAUGAAUUUGAGGCCAGCCUGAGCCUAUAAACAACAAAACCCUAAACACCAAUAACACAAAACCAGCUGUGGGGGCUAGAGAGGGCUGGGCAGCGAAGAGCACCAGCCCUGGCUGCUGCUCCAAAGGACCAGGCUCCAGUUCCAGGGAGGAUCCGAUGCCUUUUGGCCCCUGCAGGCACUAAGGAUGUACGUGACGUACAGACAUGCAGGCAGAACGCUCAUAUUCAUAAAUUACAAAACAGCUGUGACCAAGCCUUAUUUAUGGAGAUAUUAAUUUAAAAUGGAUCACAAGCUUACAUGUAGAACAGGAACUCAAACUGUUAGGGGGAAAGGUAGAUAAUUUCUGAGAUCUAGAACAGCUGGAUAUGCUGAAAGCAGAAAAGAAAGUUUGGUAAAAUGAAUUUGACCACAAUUAAAAACCUUUGUUCCAGAUAAGACCCUGCUAUAAGAAGACAGCCUCACUGUUAGUAUGCUGUUACUGUGAGCACACAACAGAUGGGCAGCUCAGAGGAGCCUGGGGUUCCUUGGUCCUCUGGGCCAUGUACAUUCUAAGGAGGGAGAACAUGGCAGAGGUCUCUUCACCUCACUGUCAUCAGGGAGAGGGAGGAAGAGGCCAAGGCCCCAACAGCCCCUUUGAGGGCAAGCCCAGUGACCUCAAGAGGGCUCACUUCAAAGGGAUUAAAGUCUUCAGUGAGCAGGCCUGAGGGGACACUUCAGAUCUAGACUACAGCUAAAACUACAGGCUUAAAAUCCCUGCAAAUCAAACAUCCAACAAAGGGUUUUAGAAUCUGAUGUUCUCAGACAAAAAAGGUGUGUGGGUGGAUGGGGGGGGCAAAUGAAUGGGCAAAGAACACAGACAUGACACCAAAGUAAAAACAUGAACAGAUUCAUGUAUAGUGCUGGAUUCCAUCAGAAAAAACAGGCAAGAGCCACAGUGGUUCUGGUGGUCACUUAUCUCACUUAUGUUAUAGCUGAAGUAAAAACAAUGACCAUUUGGAAGAUUUGAGAAAUUGGAUCCUUCCUAUACUUCAUGUAGGAACUGAAGGUUGUACACAGCUACAGCCAAACGCCUGACUCUUUAAAAGACAAGCAACCUGGCAACUGCACUCCUGGCACUUCCCCCGGAGUCAACACCAAUCUUCACACCAAACUCUGUACAUGAAUGUUCAUAGCAGCUUUAUUUAGAGAAGGCCAAACACUGGAAACAACCCAGAUGUCCUUCCUUUGACGGGGCAGGACACCAUGGAACACCACUUGGCAAGAAAGGGAACAAACUACAGACACAAUGAGCUGGGUCAAUCCCCAGGGCACUGUGCUGAGGGCCACACACUGCACAGCCCCUGAAACACUCUUGAAAUAACAAAACAACAGAGAUGAGAACAGUCUAAGAAUGGUUGCCAGAGCUUAGGGAUGGGGCAGCUGGCUCUGAGUGGCAGUCCAGGGGGUACCCUGGUAGUGACAGGACAGUGGGUUAGACUUGGGUCUACACAGGUGCCGGGUACCAUCUGCACCAACCCAGGCUUUGAGACUACAUUCUAGUUUGUGAGAUAGGACCACUGAGGAAAAGCAGAUAAAGGGUGCAUGGACCGUAUCUUUGUAACUCCCUAUGAAUUUGCAAGUACUAUAAAAUACAGAGUCAGGUAAAUAGGAAAACAAUAGCUCUAAGUGCAUUUUGGCAUCCUACCUUGGAAUCCUGCAACAGAAAAGGAUAUUACAAAAUAAAAAAAAAAAAAAAGAUAACAUCCAAAUCAAGCCUCCAGUUAAAUUGUAUGGCACCAAUGUUAGCAUUUUAAUUUUGAUUAAUGUAACAAGGUUAUUUAAUAUGUUAAUAGUAGAGGAAGCUGAGUACAGGGCACGUGGAAUUCUUCUAUGCAUCUAACACUAUUUCAAGCUCAUAACCCUGGUGUUCAAGGUGACUACCUCAGAAGCCCAGCAGGGCCCAGCUAUUGAAGGUUCUAAUUGGCCAGGUGAUUCUGAGGUGCAGCCAAAAUGAAAAAUUCUGUUCUGGGGAGAGAUGAUUUUUUAAGUAUUUGCUUCCAACCUGAGUUUGUUCUUAGAGCAUAUUCCUUGAGAAUAUUUUCUCAGCAUACCACUGUUCCCUUGGCCUGCAAGUCUCACUUACCAGGACCCACAUUCUUUUGAGGAAAGUUCCAGAAAUCUCCCUUCCCACCCCAACCUCUGGUCCCAGAGCUGAAACUGUGGAAGGAAAAUGUAGGUAAACUAGAAGAGAAAAACAGAGCUUUCCCAUCCCUGCAUCCCCAAAACACCACCACUGGAAACAGAAAAGGGCACAGAAUCUGAAAUAGUUCAGAUACAAGAAAACCUUGACUUCUCAGCAGGUAACAAGGAGGAAUCAGGUCUGCAAACAGUCCUCCCUGAUUGCUGCUUACUACAUGGUGCACAUCUCCCUG